AUCAGCCUCAGAUUCUUAUGGAUACAGACAAAGCAAGCCAGCUUGGGAAAAGAUGGCAUAGGAUGCUUAACAUCGCUUCGUUUUCUCGCGAUCGGAGGGAGCAAAAACUUGACUCGCUUGUUUGAAGAUAUUGACAGACUCAAUUUGCUUCAAACACUAGUCAUUUAUGAUUGCAAAUCUCUGCUAACAUUGCCAAAAGGCAUGGAAAGCUUGAGUACGUUGUGUAAUAUGGCACUAUGGGGGUGUGAGCAGCUGAACUGGACAAUCUCACUGGAAUUGCUUCGUUUUAAGAAACUGAUACUCAGAGGACUUCCAGCAUUCGCCAUUUUUCCGACGUGGUUAAACGGGUUUGAUGCAGAUUUAGAAGUGCUAGAAGUUGGAGAGUUUCCCACGCUAAGAGUAUUGCCUUUCUGGCUUCCAAAUUUAUGGGAACUUCGAAUUCUUGUGAUCUCCAACUGCCCUAGAUUGGAGGGUCGUAUGCCUCGUUAUAUGCAUAAUUGUGAUAAGAUGGAGGAAUUGAGGAUCACAUUUUGUGGGAUGUUUAGCAAAAACGUUAUGAACGAAAGCAAGCACGACGAGUGGGGUAUCUCUCACAUCUCUACUAUUUAUGUCGACGCCAAACGAAUCAAUCCACGAGUAACAUCAAUAGACGAACACGAGGCAGCAGGUGGAGCUGAAGUAAGGCAUGGAGUAGACAAUGAUGAGCAGGAGAGUGAUGCUCAACAUGUUGGAUUCAACAAUGAUGCUGGUGUUAAAUCAAAACAAGAUGGUAUUGGUAGUGACAUUCAUGAAUCAAUUGGUACCCGACAGGAUAACGGAGCAGCUGAGGACGGUCGUGUUGGGGCUGGACAAACUGGACAAGGAGAACACGACCGAGCUACGAACGAUGAUCAUCUUGAAGCUAACAUUGGUAGUGACAUUGGGAAACACGAUAAGGCUAACAAUGAUAGUCAUGUUGGUACUGGACAAGCUGUUGGAGAGAAAGUAGAUGAAGUUGGCGACGAUAGGCUAGUCGGAACCGAACGAACUUUGGGAGAAGAACAGGUUGAUCCUAACGUCGGGACUAGACACAUCGUAAGAGAAAAACAAGAUGUAAUUACUGAUGAGAGUCAUCCUGGGGCUAAACUUGGCGGAGCAAAUGAGAAUGGCGAUGCUGCGGUGGACCGUGCUGGAUUCGAACAAACUAUGGUCAUUACAGUUGAGGGGUUCUGAGGAUGUGUUUAGUAUAUAAAUACUCCUCCACCCUACCUAGGUUUUUCAAGAAAUACAUAGCACGGAGUGCAGGAGUAUUCUGCAGAGUAUCUUGUAAUCUCUUCUCGAUUGGUGUUAAUAAAGAGUUGCGAGAGCGGUACAAAAUCGAGGGCAAACUCUGAAUACAGGG